CUAUUACUGAUCUGAUCGCUAUUUGGAACCUUUCCACUUUUCACAGCUCUUGUCACCAGCGAUUUUUGAGUGGGGGAAGGCUAGCAGCAUUAUUUUCAGCAGCGGUCGACAUUGGUCCUCCCGCCUCCGCUGGGACUGGGUCGCGAGAAAGACAUCGUGGGUAGAGUCUGUUUCCGGAAUCAAGAAUAAACAAUCCCAGGGAAAGACCAUGAAGAUUAAUAACGACCAGAGUCCACACUCCUUGUUUUGCCCCGGCCGAAUUUAAGUAGGAGCGCAAGGACUCUAUCUCGACCGUGAAGAUGGCAGAAUACCAUGUUCAAUCAAACUCACGACCGGUCUUUACAGACCCCUGGAAGCAGGUCACCCCGUUCAAAGGUACGCAGGACGCACCGGACGGCCGGAUCGCCCAUACGCUGACCGCGUGUACGAGAUGUCGACAGAGGAAAUCUAGAUGUGACCCUGGUAUCCCACGAUGCGAACCUUGCCAACGGAGCAAUUCGCGAUGUGUCUAUUACGAUCCGGCAAGAAAUAUGCCCAUUCCCCGCACAUACAUUGUCCAGCUACGAGAAAAAGCGCGCGCGCUGGAGAAAGAGAUAGAAGAGGCAGAAAAAGAGAUUCAGCAUACAGCAGAUGCGGAACUCAUGGUCCGCGGAGCUGGCCGCAUUAAAUUUACACCGACUGAUGAACCGAGGUAUCUCGGACCGUCAAGCGGUAUUGCAAUUACGAGGUUGGUGAUGGAGUUGGCCAAGCAGAACACAGAUUCCAAAAGCAUCAAAGAUGUCGUGCCCGCCAUGACAGCACAAGAGAUUCGCGACAUGUUUGCAAAAGAAAGUUCGAAGCCGACGUCCAAAGUUUAUCCAAUGAUCAGCUCUAUGCCACAGGAUGAGCUUCCACCGCGGGAACUGACCUACAAAUUGAUUGAUCUGUAUAUGGUUCGAGGCCAGGCUAUGUUGCCUGUACUUCAUGAACCGACUUUUCGACAAGACGCGGAAGACGUUUUUAGUGGCGCUACCGACCCUAUUCAGAAUUUUGAGCUACGGAUGAUAAUUGCCAUUAGUAUGCAAAAGCUCAGUGCCGACUAUGCAGGUCUCGCCGAUAGCUAUUAUCUGGCUGCUCUACCUUUUUUGGAACCCUCUCUGAAACGUAUGGAUAUCAGAACAUUACAAUGCCUCGCAUUGAUCGCCCAGUAUUCAUUAGUCACACCGACUAGGACGGCAUCAUACUGGGUGGUCGGCGCGGCCGUUAAAUUAGCCCAAGAACUUGGACUGACAGAGGAAGCCACCAUCACAAAAUCGCCCACUGGUGAACCUCUGGAUUUUCUGGAAGUUGAUAUGCGUCGGCGACUCGUCUGGGUUGUCAUCACAAUGGAAUUUGGAUUGGCUCACAGUUUAGGCCGCCCGAAUUCAUUUUGCCUGAGCCAUGAUCAUCUAGACAUCAAGUUCCCUGAGCUGGUGGAUGACCGUUUCAUUACGCCUCACGGGAUACUCGCCGGGGCUAAGCCAAUACUAGCUAAAUGUAUUGCGAUCCACUUUUUUAAAAUGCGGUUGUUACAAGCAGAAGUUCGGCGCACUCUUUAUCUAAACAAAAGAGAGACUCCAGUAGACCACCAGGAUCCCUGGGUUGAGCAGAUGGUUGCUAAAUUGGAUCACUGGGUAUCGUCCUGUCCAAAGGAGGAUGGAGGUAGUGGUUUGGGCGAAACCUGGUUUGUGGGUCGAAAGAACACUAUUGUAGUUAUGAUAUACCGUCCAUCCCCUCAGAUUCCUGAACCUACUGUCGAUGCCGCUCGGAAAUGCUACGAUGCCUGUGUCUUCAAUGUUAGCAUGCAUCGGGAGCAAAUGAGCACAGGGUCAGUGGACUUGACCUGGGCGUCCACUCAAGCCCUAUUCAUGGCCAUCAGUACUCUACUAUGGACUCUGUCUUAUCCUGAAAUUCGCAAAGAACAUUCAAUUGAUGAGGUAAUGAACUACCUUCAAAUUGCGUUAGAAGGAGUCAUGAUAUCCGCACAACGGUGGCCAGGUUGUGAGUCGGCUCUCCAACUGUACAGAAGUCUUAUUACUGCCUGCCUCAAAUCAUACGACACGAUGGAGUCUUUUGUCGUUCAUUCACCGUCUUCGCACCCGUCACCAGUCUCAACCCACGAUACCAUUACCCCGCCUACCAUGUCUAGUCCGUCAGCAAACUCCUAUUACUCUGUGCAGACCGUCACCUCUGCCAGUCAAUUAACUCCUGAGACUGAAACUCAAAGCACACCUUCUAGGGAUCCAUCGGCGGAACCCAAACCGGGAUUAUCUCCUGCCCAGAAUACUAAAGUGCCAACUUCACAGUCCCCAUUGAAUCCACCAGAUUUCACACUGUCUACCUCUACACACAAUACCUCGCAAACAUCACCCGCGCAAACCACUUCCCUCCAUCCACAGCUUUAUGAAAAUCAGGAGCCAUAUGCUCACAUGACAGCCGCAUAUUGCGACCCCAAUUUCGAUCCUGCAACGCCUUUUAAUUCGUUCCCCUCGGUCGUGCCUGGCCUUCCAGGUUGGGACCCCAACUACACAUCCGCGUCUACCACAUCAGGCGGUCUUGCGUAUGUCGAAGCUGCUGUUGAUCCCAUGUUUUGGAUGGGGCCAUUCGGAGGCGAAUAUUCACAAUACUCAAACCAGCCAGGACCAUGGCGCGGACGGACGUUGAGUCAGGAAGAACAAGUGGAACUCAUGGACUCUUUGGCAGAUAAUAUACCAGACGUGUCGUCACUGCUGGUCAACCAUGGAACUGUCCUCUACCGUUCCUGAUUCUCCUAGAUGGUGUUGCAGUCAAGCCGAACAGUAUCUAUUAAUAAAGCUCUAUCAUAUAUAUAUA